AUUAUUUCCAAUACUUUUUUUUGCUAAACACGUUCAUUUAUACUCAACAUCAUGAAAUUUUCAAUUGCAUUAUGUUUAUUGAUGUUUGUUUUAAUACAACAAUGCAUGAGUGCUCACAUUCAUCACGAAAAGAAAAAUGACGAAGAUCAUAAAACUCAUAUGAGCCAUGAAAGAGGUGACCAUAAAGGCCACAAGCAUGAAGAUUGGGAUUGCCCAGACCAUAUGGAGGAAGAUCACAUUGCCCAUGAACAUGGAUUUAUUGAUCACAGAAUUCAUAAACACGAAGAUCACACUACCUAUAACCCUAGAUUAGAUUUUCAUCACUAAAGAAAAGAUCAUACGGAUCAUCAAUAAUUAUUAUUUUAUAAGCACUGCAUAGUACAACUUGGGAUAGUCAAUUACUAAAUUCAUAAUUAAUU